CCCCAGGCAGGAAGCAGCCAGGCUUUGAAUCUGCAAGGCCAUUCAAUGCUAAUGGCAACAUUAACACUUUCCUCUAACAGACAAGAGUUCUUUCUCCCGCCCUGGACAUUCUUCCACAGAUAGGGUUGUGGUGCAUUUUUCCAAGCUGUAUGGCCAUGUUCCAGCAGCAUUCUCUUCUGACAUUACACCCAUAUCUAUGGCAGGCAUCCUCAGAGGUUGUGAGAUAUAUAAAGCCCACUUGCCUGGUUGGUUUCCAACAGACCCCACAACCUCUGAGGAUAGAUGAUGUGACAUAGAUGUGGAACGUCAGGAGAGAAUGCUUCUGGAACACGCAUACAGCCCAGAAAACUCCCAGCAAGCCAGUGCUUCUGGCCAUGAAAUUCCUUGGUGCGAUUCUAUAUGGGAUCUAAUAGGAUUUGAGCAUCCACAGAGUCCAAUGCUGGAACCACAGUGCCAUGUGCAUGCAUGCCUCUUUAUUGCUGUUUAUCUUUGCUCUUCUCGGCCUUCCAGGUCCCCAAAAUGACGCUCUUCGGCGGCAUCUACCCCUUCUACCCGCAGCCCAGGAAGCCCGUCGUCUUCGAUAUCAACCUCGUCAUCGUCAUCGUCGUCUUCCUCGUCAUCGCCUUCAGUUUCUUGCUCAUCUUGCCUGGCAUUCGGGGCAGAGCGAGGCUCUACUGGCUUUUCCGGGUCAUCAUAAGCCUUUUUAUUGGAGGAGUGAUUGUUGCCGUCCAUUUCUCCUCUGAUUGGCAGAGCGGGACCGUGAAAGCCAACACCACCUACAAGUCUUUUAGUUCCGCCUUCGUGGACGUGGACGUCGGGGUCCACAUCGGCUUGUCGGGCGUCAACAUCACACUCGUCGGAAACCCUGUGGAGCAGCUCAACGAAACCAUCGACUACAACGAGUAUUUUCCCUGGUGGUUUGGUGCCAACUAUGACCACGAAUACGACGAGGGCUUGCACCAGGGCCUGCCCAAUCCUAUCCUUUACGUGGCGGAGACAUUCAGCGGAAACAGUCCCUGCGGCUUGCACAGUCUCUACAGGAUGGCUGGGCAUUAUGCAUCCGCUACCUUAUGGGUGGCCUUCUGCGCCUGGCUGGUCUCCAACCUGCUCUUCUCGAUGCCGGUUCCGGUGUACGGCGGCUACAUGAUCCUGGUCACGGGGGCCUUUCUGAUCUUUGCCCUCCUCUCCUUUGCCACCGUGAGGAACGCUCCGGCUUGUAUCAUCCAGUUUGGCCAUGCCUCUCUGGAGGCCGCGUACGGAGCGUCGUUCUGGCUCACGCUUUUCACAGGGCUGCUGUGCUUCCUGAUCGGUGCGGUGGUCAUCGCGGCCAGCUACGCUUCCCCAGAUCUCCUGAAAGCCUUCUUUGACCUGUGUGAGGAGGAAGAGGAGGAGGAGAAAGACGGGCUGGAAGAUGUCUACGUCAACCCGCACUUCCCGCACCUUCGGAAGAUCUCUCCGCACCACAGCUUCAGUCUGACGGUCAAGAAUAGUUAGAGCACGGACUUGGGAGUGUGGACGUGUUCUGUGCAGGAUAAAUAAACCAAGCACGGAAGGGUCUUAAAUACAGAAGAAUGGCCCAAAAUGGGGUUUGCUUGACAUGGCUUCUUGGACACUUGAAGCACAGAUCUCAAUAUUUAUGUCGAGUCUGGAGAACAACCAUAAGACGGGUGUUGCAAUGCCGCAAAGAGUGGAAGAGAACCCAAAGUAUUGACUCCUGCAUCAGUGAUGUAAGGGAUCCAUAUGUUUGGAUCUUUAGCCCUAAACUGUUAUGGUUUGCAAAGACACUAUACUAUAUGUAUACUGGAAAAAUUAAGUGCAUGAAGCCGAUUGGCUGAGCCUGCAAAAAGACCUGGGAAUUUGAUUUGCAACUGUUUCUGUUCUGCUGCUGAAGAACCAGUUUGGACAAGCUUAAUUCAAUCACAGUGUGUGUGAAGAGUGGAAGAGAACCCAAAGCAUUGACUCAAGAAGACUUUGCCUCCUGCAGCAGUGAUAUAAGGGAUCCAUACGUUUGGAUCUUUAGCCCUAAAAAGUCAUGGUUUGCAAAGACACUAUACUAUAUGUAUGUUAACUGGAAAAAUGAAGUGCAUGAAGCCAAUUGGCACUGUUUCUGUUCUGCUGCUGAAGAACCAGUCUGCACAAGCUUAGUUCAGUCACAGUGCGUGUCCCGGCUGAGUCACUGCCGAAGAAGAUGGAUGUUUACUCAGAGAGGCCUUGCCAUUUUCAAGGCCUGGAUAAAGAAGAAGAAGAACCAGGACUGUAUUCUUCUCUGAAGCAGAUUUAUGGACUGAGAAAGGACUGUGGACUCCUGCAAGCUUUUGAUCUUUUGAAAUUAGCAAAGUCCCGAUAUUGUUUAUUUUGCAAACCUGAAUGGUAUGUCACUGUUCUGCAGGGUGGCUCACGGGCACAUGUCAGAGUUUACAUUUAUCAUCUACAGCCCACAACAUAAAAUACAGUAUUCCAGCACCAUGGGCUGGAAUACUAUUUGUGUUUAAGUUCCUAUAUGGAAGCAGUUGUACGUUUUCAGGUGCCAACGUACUUCGGGGAUUCUCUUUUGCUUGGGAUUCCAAAACAUUUCACUUUAGAGAUUGUUGAACAACUUGCUUGAACAUGUUAGUAAAACAUGCCCGGCUCUGCAUACACGCAAGAAAAGUGUUCUUGCCCUCCUUUCUGUUUGCACUUAGAUUAUCCAGACUCACCAAAGAGAAUGCCAGAACUAGCUUGAAAGCCUCUUAAAAAUACAUACAGUAGAGUCUCACUUACCCAACAUAAACGGGCCAGUAGAACGUUGGAUAAGCGAAUAUGUUGGAUAAUAAGGAGAGAUUAAGGAGAAGCCUAUUAAACACCAAAUUAAGUUAUGAUUUUACAAAUUAAACACCAAAACAUCAUGUUAUACAACAAUUCGACAGAAAAAGUAGUUCAAUAUGCAGUAAUGCUACGUAGUAAUUACUGUAUUUACAAAUUUAGCACCAAAAUAUCACGAUGUAUUGAAAACAUUGACUACAAAAAUGCGCUGGAUAAUCCAGAACGUUGGAUAAGCGAAUGUUGGAUAAGUGAGACUCUACUGUACAUGAACAUUUCCCCAUGGCUGAACUAUCCCAUGGCUCAGUAUUGGGCACCGAGUGUGUUUGUUUGCGACCUGGCAAAUGCUAUUUAUGCUUUGUAUAUAGCUGCAUUUUGUAUUAUGUUAUAUUUCUGUGCAAAACACAGAAAGCAUAUUUGCUAAUAAAAUAUUGAAAAACA